AUGGCAGUACAAGAUCAACGCGGGAGCAGGGCAAAGCGUUCAAACUUCCGAGAGGUGACGCCCCUGGCGAGGAUAAUCCUCGUUGCCGGCUUCGAGGCCUUCAAUCUACAACUCUACAACCAAGUGGCCAAUGAGCUGAGUGAGGUGUGUCCCGAGCUUGAGCUGGUUGUUUUUACGGACAGAGAUAUCGCGGAAAACUCGCCUAGAGUCGCCGCCGCCCUGGAGACGGCGGACGCUUUUUUCGCCAGCCUGGUCUUCGACUACGACAACGUGAAGUUCCUGAAAGACAGGAUAGACCGCAUCCCCAUCCGGUUGGUGUUUGAGUCGGCCCUCGAACUCAUGUCCAGCACCAGUAUCGGCGAGUUCUCCAUGGCACAGUCUGGGAAAGGCCCCGGAGGCCCCCCCGCACCGGUGAAAGCCCUGCUCUCGAAGUUCGGUAGCGGGAAGGAGGAAGACAGGCUGGCGGGCUACCUGAAGCUCCUCAAAGUUGGGCCGAGUCUCCUCAAGUUCGUGCCGGGCAAGAAGGCGAAGGACCUCCGCUCGUGGCUCGAGAUCUACUCGUACUGGAACCAGGGCGGGAUCGAGAACGUUCUGAGCAUGUUCCUGACCCUAGGUGACCGGUACCUUCUCCCGCCGGGAACCGCUCCCGCCCCAGGAGAACUCAAGGAAACGCCUGUUCUGGGACUCUUCCACCCUUCCGCGGGACGGUAUUUCUCGAACCCCAGGGAGUACAUGAAGUGGUACGAGGGGGAGCAAGAGAGGGUGGCUGCUGCUGCUAAGGCGGCGGCGGCGACGGGGGUGGUCAUGAGGGGCCACAAGGUCGCGCCCGCGGGGUCUCCGCGCGUGGCGGUGUUGCUUUACCGGAAGCACGUCAUCACCAAGCAGGGGUACAUCUCCCAGAUGAUAAGGAUCAUGGAAAAGGGCGGCUUGAUACCGGUGCCGAUCUUCAUUAACGGGGUGGAAGCUCACACUGUGGUGCGAGACCUUUUGACCUCUUCCGAAGAGCAGCGGCAACGAGCACAAGGCGUUCUCGACAUCGACAGCCUCUCUCCCGACUGUGUAGAGAUCGAUGCGGUGGUGAACACGAUUGGUUUCCCUUUGGUGGGAGGCCCUGCCGGAAGUAUGGAGGCCGGGAGGAGGGUGGACGUGGCGACCAACCUGCUCUCGACCAAGGAUGUGCCGUACGUGGUGGCGGCGCCGCUUCUCAUCCAGGACCUCGUCGGCUGGCGAAGAGACGGCGUUCAGGGAUUGCAGCAGGUGGUGCUCUACUCCCUGCCAGAACUAGACGGAGCGAUAGACACGGUUGUGUUGGGGGGGCUUGUCGGCGACACGAUCGGCCUCAUUCCGGAGCGCGUCCGCAAGAUGAACGACCGCAUCAAGGGGUGGGUCAACCUCCGUCGAACUCCAGCUGGAGACAGGAAGGUGGCCGUCCUCGUCUACGGCUUUCCACCAAACGUGGGGGCGGUUGGGACAGCAGCCUUGCUGAACGUGCCCGCAUCACUGGAAAAGGUGCUGAAGGAGAUGAAGGCAAAGGGCUACGACCUUGGCGAGGCCGGCGACAACAUCGACGGCGAGGCUCUCGUCGCGGCGCUGAAGGUGAUUUCCCAGGACUCGGUAGUAGCCAAGGGUUUCGACAACCUCCAGAAGGCGGUCGACCACGCCGGGUCUCUGGGGGACGACAAUUCCUACCGCAUCGCUAACCCGGCGGGCCUGGGCGGUGCUUCGGUGGCGGGAGAAGGGAUACCGGCCAUCGACCUCGACCAAUUAUUGAGCAAGAGCAUGACGCAGAAAAUCGAGGUCAACUGGGGCGAGAUGUCCAGAUAUCGCGGGGUUAGCACGAGCGGAAAGGGAGAUUUGGUGGUCGGAGGUCUCCAGCUAGGCAACGUCUUCAUCGGGGUGCAGCCGCUGCUAGGGCUCGAGGGGGACCCGAUGCGCCUGAUGUUUGAGAGGGAUUUGACGCCUCACCCCCAGUACGCGGCAUUCUACGAGUGGGUCAGGGGGGACCAGGGCUUCGGCGCGCAGGCCGUCGUCCACCUGGGCAUGCACGGUACGGUGGAAUGGCUCCCGGGCUCACCCUUAGGCAACACGCGUGGCACAUGGCCUGACGCUCUCCUUGGGGACGCAGGGGGUACGGGACCAUCAUCAGCCACAACGACGCGGAGGUUGUUCAUGGAAUACGCGCGCGAGCUGUCGGAGUACCUCCAGACUCUGGAGCAGAGGCUGUUCAGCGAGGGCCUGCACACUCUUGGACACGCCCCCGCCGCUGCUGAGACGGAGCAGUACUUGGCGGCGUACUUCGGCGAUGACCUUCCGCCGGACGUUGUCCAUGCCGUCUCGCACUUGCCGGCCGGAGCCAGCGCACAGUCGGCCGCUGCGACCGUUCGAGCCCUAGACCCGCGAUACGCGGGGGUUACAGCUGUGGACAGUGGGAAGGUCGACGUCCUCACAAGGCUCGAGAAACCGGCCGACUUGGAGGGGGAUGGCAAGGGGAAGAACGAUCGGCGGGAGGAGGAGAUAGCGCACGAACAGCUGCUGUUUGGGAUGGAGUACUUCCGGUGGGGGUGGCUGCGGUUCCUCCGCCAGCUCGGGAACAAGCAGGCCGCGGACGACAUCAACAAGGAGCUCGAUGCGAUGAACGAAAUAGGACGGGAUCAACAGGGGAUGGCCGUCUCCUCAUCGCCACCGCCGCCGCCGGGGGAAAGUGCCACAAGCGUGUCGGCUGCUGAGGCGGCGGAAAGCGAAGGGGUCGCGGGGGAGGGCGGUGUGUUUGGGCUCAGCCGGCGAGUGGCGGAGGCGUUGGACAUCAAGGGGCUGCUGGAGCAGAACACUGACGAAGUCGACAAUCUGUUGAGGGCGCUGGAGGGGUCGUACAUCAAGCCGGGAGUCGGGGGUGACCUCCUCCGAGAUGGCGCGGGAGUUCUCCCCACCGGUCGAAACAUGCACGCUUUGGAUCCGUACCGCAUGCCGUCGCCAGCGGCAUGGAUUCGCGGAUCGGAAGCAGCGAGGCUCAUCCUCGAGGCGCACGUGGCGGACACCGGAGACUUCCCCGAAACGGUGGCGGUGAUGAUCGACACGAGACCUCUCUGCUCUCGCUCGCUUCUUACCUACCAUAUCAUUUUUCUCUUUUUGUUGCCUCUCGUGUGUGUCUGGGGGGCGGGGGGCGGGGGGCUCCCUGUCAGGUGGGGGCUCGAUGCUAUCAAGACUCGAGGAGAGAGCGUUGCCAUAGCGCUCGCACUUGUCGGCGCGAGGCCGGUCAAGGAGGCCACGGGUCGCGUUGUCAAGUACGAGCUGGUGCCUCUCUCAGAGCUGAAGCGGCCUCGAAUCGACGUCCUCGCGAGCUUGUCCGGGAUAUUCAGAGACAGCUUCGCCAACGUCGUUGACCUCCUGGACGACCUCUUUGAGACGGCGGCGGCCGCGGACGAGCCGAUCGAGAUGAACUUUAUCCGCAAGCACACGCUGGAGCUGGCCACCCAGGGGGUAGAGCGACCCGCGGCCAGACUGUUCAGCAAUCCUGCCGGAGAUUUCGGGUCAAUGGUCAACGAAAGGGUUGGGACCGGAGACUGGGAGGACGGCGAUGCCCUUGGCCAGACGUGGCAAGAUCGAAACGCCUUCUCCUACGGCAGAGGCGGGGAGCGGGGACAGGCGCGACCUGAGGUUUUACAGAGUCUGCUGGGAAGCACGGAACGCAUCGUCCAAGAGGUCGACUCGGUGGAGUACGGGCUCACGGACAUCCAGGAGUACUACGCUAACACGGGUGCGCUCAAGAAGGCCGCCGAGAGCCGGCAAGCCAAGGACGCCGACCCUGAUGGGCAGCAGCCGGCGAGGAGAGUGGGCGUGAGUAUCGUGGAGGCCUACGGGAAGGAGGUUGCCCCGAGGGAGCUGGAGGCUACGCUGAGGAUCGAGUACCGGAGCAAGCUCCUGAAUCCAAAGUGGGCGGAGGCUAUGUCCAACCAGGGCAGCGGAGGGGCGUACGAAAUUUCUCAGCGAAUGACGGCGCUCAUUGGCUGGUCCGGAACCAGCGGGUUCACGGAUGAGUGGGUCUACGACGGUGCGGCUGACACGUAUGCCCUCGAUGACGACAUGGCGGCAAAGCUAAGGAAGGCCAACCCGGAAGCUUACCAGAACAUUCUCAAGCGCAUGCUGGAGGCGAAGGGGAGGGGCUUCUGGUCGCCAGAGGACCACGUAUUGGAGCGCAUCCAGCAGCAGUACGCGGACGUCGAAGAUGACAUCGAGCUCGGAACAGGAGGGUUCCUCGACAUGCAAGGCCAGCAACAAUCGGACGCGAACCGAUCGGCCAAGCAAGCCGUGGAAUCCCCACAACGGGCAUGACUUACCCCCCCGCGGCGCGCCCGCGGCUCCGGUUAUAGUAGCCAGGCAUGCCGCUAGACGCCACUAUACAACCGCCUGUCAUGGUGACGAGUUACCGCAAUGUGUUCCUUGACGGUUUUUGUCGUUGUAAGUUGCUGUGCGUUGAUUGGGCCGGGGUGGAUGGGUUUGUGGGUGGUGGGUGGUGCAUCGCAUGACCACCACCGCCACGCAUCCUUGACCCUUACGCGUACCGUUACAGUGUAGUAUGAUAGCUUCUUCUCGAGGUAACGUCGAUCCUGGCCAGCCGUUUGUAUCUAUCAAGAGUGUUGAAUUGCGGUGAAGCUGGGUACAUUUUGGCGGCACGAGGUGGUUAAUCCAAGUGCGACAUCCUUGUAUUAUUGCGUUAUGUUUUCGAUCGAGUCACUCUAAAUAGCGCCCACACCUAGGUUGAAAGCGCUGCGUUUCGGGCCUGCGCUGGGUGCAGAGGUGUGAAUCAAGUGGCAACUUUAGCGCGUGUGUGUGUAUUGCAGCGACUCACUUCACUUGCUUGUUGCGCUUGCUCGUGGCUCCACUUUCAUAGUGUGUGCUUUCUAGAGUACGAGAACCAGGCGGGCUUGCUUUUUUUGCGAACCAGGCAGCAACGAAACCGGUUACACUUGUUCUUCUCGGUGGCAUGGGAGACAUGCGUAUGUGUGUAUGGUUGACAGAAAAGAUAGAUGUGUGUACGUUGAGAGAUGUUCAAAUAUAUUUCCGGCUGUAAAACAGUGAACAAGUCGUCGCCAGUAGUGAUGCGCUGCUGCGGCCAAGGACAUGUGUGCCACUGAUCUGUUGUGUGAAGUUUUCUACGGAGUAUGAUAAGUAUGUGAUUGCCUUUUGGUUGGGGGCUUUACAUUUUUUUCCGGUAUGUGGUCUGGUUCCUUACUAUUUCAUAUGCAUUGAAUUGUGUACCCUUUAUGGGUAGUUGGCCUGGGACCACGGGAGGCGUCCGAGUGAGUUGGACCACCAGUAGUACGGA